AGCACGACAGGGACAUUGAAGAUCUCUUUGCUGUAAUAUUGCAUUGUAUUUUUGCUUAUUCUAUAAGCAUACCUAUUUUGAAGAAAGCCUUACAUUUUUAAAUUAUCUUUUAUCUCUUGUACUGUUGAACAAAACUUUAAAGAUGAAGAAGUCUUUUGGAGUAGUGUGCAUAUCACUCAUUUUAUUUGCAGCUCUGUCAGAAACAAUUGGAUUAGUGAUUGCGGGUAAAGAGAAGCGAGGGUGGACACUAAACAGUGCUGGCUACCUUUUGGGUCCCCACGGCAUUGACGGUCACCGCACUCUCAGUGACAAGCAUGGCCUUGCUGGAAAGAGAGGCAUGCCCCUGGACGAUGACUUCAAAACAGGUGCCUUGAGAAUAGCAGAUGAGGAUGUAAUACACACUGUCAUUGACUUCUUAUCAUACCUGAAACUUAAAGAAAUCGGAGCUCUGGAUACCAUGCCUUCCUCUCUCACAUCAGAAGAGAUGGAUCAGCCCUAGUUCAACUGAUCUCUUCUCUACGCCUUACCUGCCUACAAACAACAGUAUCUGUACAUUUCCCAUUAUACUGGUGUCAUCAUAACAACAAUAUACUAAACAGAUUAAUCACGUUCUUAUUAUAAUUUGAAAGAAAUGGACUGAAUAAAACUUUUGAAUGGCAAAA